GUAAAGCCCAACGGUUCGUCGAUACCGACCUACCGCGAGGUGACGCUCAUUCGACGGAACCACCUCUCGGCGGACCGGAAGCUCCCACAAACUCGGAAGAACCCAACCGACGAGGAGGGGAUGGAUGUAGACUGCCAGCCCGAGGAUUCCUUUAAGGAGGACUGUGUUGUGCAUGGAAAUGUCAAGGACAUGAGUUUGGAGGCGGAGGCAGUGGUAAAAGACGUGCUUUUUGCCGUGGAUGAAAUGCACGUGUCGCAAAGUCUCAACAGCGCGUCAGAUGUGGCCUACAUUAACGUGGAAACAAGAGAGGGAAACCGGUACUGUCUGGAGCUCACAGAGGCCGGAUUAAGGGUGGUGGGCUAUGCCUUCAAUCAAGUGGACGAGGAUUUAAACACACAGUAUCACGAGACCGUUUACUCACUUCUCGACAAGCUGAGUCCGGGCUACAGAGAGGCCUUUGGGAACGCUUUGCUACAGCGGCUGGAGAGGCUCAAGCAAAACGGACAGUAAAAAGGACUUCAAAGUGGAACAGAGGUUGUUAAUGUGGGUCUUUUUGGACAUAGGCACCAAGUCUGGUCAAAUGUAAUUCCAAUAUGUGGUGUCCACCUUCCUAGCAACCACUACAAUAAGGGGUACUUCGACUGCUUGGUUUGGGACUUCCAUAUUGAAUGACGUCAUGUGGAUUGGCCAUAUGGGUCUGUUGCAACAUUUACUUUGGAAAGAUUUUCCCAACUUGUACCUUGCAGAUUUGGCGCUAUGCACAUCAUUUGAGAAUGUCACACCUACUCCAACUCUAAAUGAGCCAAGACAGGCUGCAUGAAUUAGUUUCUCUGCCCGCACUGAAACCAGAAUCUGCUCAAGCAGGUAUCAGCCAAAGCUACAGUCAACUCCCACACUACCUGCCUUAAUGAAUGCACUUGGUUUAAAUUUUAAAAACAUUUUUAAGUGUAACCAUAGCUUGCAUUCCAAGCUUUUGCUAUGAAAGGAAAAUAUCCCAGAGGUUUUAAUGUAUAUAUUUUGUCAGUGCGUUUCUGCACUAGCGCUUGAGUGUUAAUUGUGCACUCACAUGGUCACGUUCUGCUGUUGACCUUUGCCCAGACCAAUAAAGUCACAGAACUGUUGUUCCUCAUGUUUAACCUUCUAUAAAUCUGACAGGAGGGAAAACCAUGCAUAGCUGCAGAAAGACCAGCAUAGAGUUUGAAAUAAAUAGGUUCACACUAUGCCACAUUCAUGUUUCUUUAUUCUUAAUGCACAAUCUCGUAUUACACAUGUCUAUUAGUACACGGUCCGUAAGAAAGAUUACAAAAGUUCUAGUUGGGAAAAAAAAAAAAAAAAUACAGAA